AUGCAGCUGACCGUGAACUCGCUAGCCGCCAGCCUGGCGCUGCUCGCGCCCAGCGCCCAUGCGCUCCUACGAUUCUCGUGUUCGCAACUGGUCGUCGAGCGUCUUGACCCGUUGGUCUUCCCCGGCGUCACUGGCUCGCCGCACGUCCACCAGAUCAUCGGUGGUAACGCCUUCAAUCAGUCCAUGGAAUAUCCGCGCAUGGAUAUUCCAAGCCAGGCCACAUGUACUACGUGCACAUUCGCCGAGGACUUGUCCAACUACUGGACAGCCGUUCUCUACUUCCGUGCCCGCAACGGCACAUUUAAGAGAGUGCCGCAGAUGGCUAACUCCGGCUUCGAGGGGGCUAAGGGAGGCAUGACUGUUUACUACACUCCCAGCUACAACAACGGAAAGGUCACCGCUUUCAAGCCUGGUUUCCGAAUGAUCGUCGGAGACCCAACGUACCGAACCGAGGCUCAGGCCAAGAAGUUCCGCCAGCUUACCUACACCUGUCUUGAUACAAUCCUCACCCGCACUGGUGAGACUCUUGAUAUGCCCAAGAAGCCCUGCAAGGCUGGUAUCAUGGCCAACAUUCGAUUCCCUACGUGCUGGGACGGCAAGAAUCUCGAUUCACCGGACCACUCGAGCCACGUUGCGUACCCUGCGAGCGGCACCUUCGAGAACGGCGGUGCCUGCCCCUCGACUCACCCCGUGAAGAUUCCCCAGCUCUUCUACGAGGUAAUCUGGGACACGCGCGCGUUCAACAACCCCAACGACUGGCCGACCGACGGCAGCCAGCCCUUCGUCUGGUCGUUCGGCGACCCGACCGGGUACGGAAACCACGGCGAUUACAUGUUCGGCUGGAAGGGCGGCGCGCUCCAGAAGGCCAUGGACUCCAACUGCAACAUCAACUGCCCCCAGCUCAAGACCCAGUCCAUCUCGCAGGCCAACCAGUGCACCAAGCAGGUCGUCGUUGACGAGGACAUUGACGGCUGGCUCAAGGAGCUUCCCGGCGGGAUGCCCGUCACUGAUGCGACUGGCAAGGUACUCUACUAGGCGGACUUGUAUUUGAGUAAUGUUGUACCUAGCGCUCGUAUUUAUCGACUCUACCUAGAAAGAGUGAUUACCUCUAUAGAACGAAAUUCGGUGUAUAACCGCGAUCUUGUCGUAGUACCUACGUCUGAUAAAUACAUACCUACC